AUGGCAGAGGACUCAUUGAAUAUUCCUACGGGAAGUCGGAUGUCGCUAGAUAGUACCAGUAUAAACCUCAAUGAUGAUUUAUCCUCAGAACAUUCAUCCCAAAUCACCGAUAGUAUCAGCAGCAUUAAACAAAAUGAUAAUCAUAAACGAUCAGGAUCAACUACAUCUUUCCCAAUUAAUAAUAAUAGAACUAGUAUAGAUAAUGAAAGUGUCUUCCUGUCUAAUGCAUAUUUCAGUUUUUAUAAUCUUGAUGAGAGUAGUAGCAAGAAAGAUGAUAUUUAUUCUCCCCUUGGUCCCAAUUCAAUCUAUGAAUUAACUAGUGGGUCAGAUAUUGCAAGAGCUAGAAGAAAUCGUCCUUCUAAAACUUCAGUAACGAUAAAUGGAGGAGCUAGAACUGUGUAUAAUUUGAAUAUUCCAACUACUAAAGAUAUACCGCAGAUUCAAUUGCUGAAAUUGAAAACUAAAGUUGCAAAUAAAGAAUUACAAGAGAAAUAUAUUAAAAAAGUAUCACAUGAAUAUAAAAACUUUGAAACUAGUUAUAAAUUAUUAACUGAAGAUACAUUACAAAGAUUUACUCAACAAGAGAAUAUGUCAACUUCAUCAUCAGUAGGGAAUUUGCAAAUUAUUGAUCUGAUUUCUGAUAUACCUUCAGUAUUUCUAAACCCUGAUUUUCAAUUAGAUGAUCCUAGAACAUUCAAACAAGUUAUAGAAGAUGUCAAUAUUUCACCAGGUGAAGAUGACGAUCCUGCACUUAGUUUAGUCAAUAAUACUGAAUUACAAGAUAAAUUAUCUAAUUAUUUAGAUAUCGUGGAACAAAAUUUAAUUCAAGAAAUAGGAAAAUCUUCUGAUUCAUUCUUUAAUGCAAUUGGUGAUAUAGAAAGAAUCCAAUCUCGUUCAAAUAAUUGUGUGGAGAGUUUUAAUGGUAUAAUGCAUAAACUUCAAGAACUUGAAGUUAAUCAAUCUGAACAAGGUUUGAAAGUUUUACGUAAAUUAAUUGAAAAGAAAAAUGUUGAACAUUUGGAAUCAUCAUUAUUACAAAUACAAUAUAUUACUUCAAUUUUCUCACUUGCUAAUAAAUCAUUUUCUAAUGGUAAAUAUUCAAAAUGUUUAAAUGAAAUUGUCCUUGUCGAGAAUUUAUUAAGGGGAGUGAAUUAUGAAGAUCUCAUAGAUGAUGAAUUGAAAAGAUUAUACCCGAAGUUAAACUACCCACUUGUUAAUCUUACAAGCUUACCUGCAUUCGUUCAUUUAAGAAACGACUUAUUCAAUCUCAAACAUGAAUGUUCAAAAGGAUACAUUGAUGAUUUCAUAGAUUUGUUAACUGAAGAUUUAACCCUGCAUUAUAAAAAUAUUCCAACUAGGGAUACUCUUAAUAGAAUAUAUGUUAAUAAGGAUAAAACCAGGAAAUAUAAUUCAAGACCAGUCAAUAAUUCAUAUCUAAAUGUGGAUGAUACAAAAAGAGCAAAAAUACGUGAAAUCGUCAAAGAUUUGGGAAAGGCAGGCAGCCUUUCACUCGCAUAUACUUCAUAUCAACACCGUUUCGUAACUGAGAUCAAAGAUAUAAUCAAACAAAAUCUUCCACUGGCUCAACAACUGACCGAAAUGUCUAGUGGACCAUCCAGAUCCUCACCAGCACCUGAGAUGCCUGUACCCAAAUCGGCUCCAAAUGCCUUAAGUACAAAUAUCAAGAGUUUGACGCCACGAGAAUUUGAAACUAUAUUUUCUAAAACAUGUGCUGAAUUAUCAGAAUGUUUAAGAAGAUUAACCGUACAUCAAAAAUUAUUAUUAGAUAUUGCAUUGACUACAUUACCACCGAAUGCAGAUAUUGAUAUUAUGACAUUAGAUAUCACGUCAGCAAUCAAUAAAGCAAUUGACUUGACUCAAAUUAGAUUAAUGAAAGUUAUUAGUGUCCGACUGGAACAGACUGCUGAUUUACCGGUGCAGUUUUAUCUUAGACUUUAUUCAAUCACUUCGGCAUAUUUACAAGAAUGUGAAUUGAUAAAUCCUGGAUUUGCAAUGAGUGGGGCUGGGAAUGCAUUGGGUGAAUGGUUUAGUAAUCAUAUUACAUAUUUUGUUCAUCGAUUCCAUGUGAAUACCAUAGGAGACAUGUCGACGGAGUGUACCAGAGAAGUUUGGAAAGAAGUUUUGGAUCCAAUUAAAUUGACACCGGCACAGGUUAUUAUUAAUGAUUUGUUGGAAUAUUCGAAAUAUAUUGAACUGAAUGGUACAGUUGGAUUUUCGGGAGAAAAAUGGUUACAACAUUUUGAUUUUUAUGAUGAUGGUGAGAAUAAGGUUAGUAAUGAAGAUGAGGCUGAGGUUUUACCUAUAACUAAGUUAAAAAUUGGAAAUGACAUGUUUAUGGUGCCUAAUUUAUCAGUCAGAUCAACUCAGCAUAUUCGUGAUUAUUUGAUUAUCGCAAAAGCGUUUCCUAGCUUUUCACCAACUGUUGAAAAUAAUUUGUUGAAUUAUUUUAAGGUUAUGAAUUCCAAGGCUUCACAAGCGGUGUUGAAUGCUGGAGCAACGAGAACUGCAGGAUUGAAACAUAUAACCACCAAACAUUUAGCAUUAUGUAUUCAAUUUGUUGAAUUCAAUAUUUCACUAUUAGAAGGUAUAACUGGCUGUUUUAAAUCUGAUGGUCAAAUAAAUGGACAACAACUGCAUGGAAAUCAACAGGAUGAACUCAGCAUCACUAGAAUUAUAAGUAAUUACAAAGAUCAUGAAACUGAACUUUUCUCAAAAGUAGUUGGAAUGAUGUAUGAUCGUACAGUCAUGAGAUGUGCAAGUUUGACUAAAAUUGAUUUAUCCGUGCCUGUUAAAUACCCACAACCUUGUCAUUCAUAUAUGGAAGAUUUAGUUAAGGAUACAAUUACGGUUUCAAAAGUUCUUACCAGAUAUUUACCCGAUUUGAAAUGUUCUUUGAUCCUACUGCAAAUAUUUGAUAAUUAUAAACGAUUAUUUGUGGAAGCAUAUUGUACUAAAUUACCCGUAUUCAAAGAUUUUAAUGAAAAGCAUAAUAUAUUAAAAGAUAUUGAUUAUUUUAGGGUCAAAUUAGGUGAUGUUAUAGGCUAUGGAAAUUCAGGACAAGUGAUUUGGGAAAAUGUAAAUUCAAUGCCAACUGAAGAAGAUACCAAGAUGGAACAAAUCAUGAAACAUAGUAUUCUGGAUGAAAGAAAACAAACGGAAAAACAAAAAGAGGCGAAAUUACCUCUGCCACCACCGCCGCCAAGACCUCAAACUACCAAGAGACUUUCGUUCGAAAGAUUGAUUUCAUCAGCGAGAAGUUCGUUUGAGCGUCAUAAGACUGAAGAGCAUAAAGAAGAACCUCCAAUUCCAGAAGUCAAAGAUGAAUCCCCAAAGCCGGAAUCCAAAGAUGAACCAGCAACGUCGGAAAGUAAAGUGGAAGAUGCAAAAUCAGAAGCGAAAGAAGAAACCCCGGGAUUGGACGCAUCGUUAACAAGUAUACAAGACCUGACAGAGGCGAAUAAAAAGUUAGAAGAGGAUUUAACACAAGAGAAGCACGCUGAAGCCACGGGACCUGAAGUAGUUGAGCCAGAAGCGAUAUUUGAUGUGACUCAAGAUAGUCCAGAACCUGAAAUCAAAGAUGAGAAAACCACGGCAAACAUCGACGGAGACCAGAAAUUAGGAGAAGCUGAGGCAGACAAAAAGAGUCUUGAAGAGCCAACUUCCACUGCGGCUGUUGAAAACGCAAUAAAGGGAGAUGAAAUUGCAGAAACGUAUACAGACCAAGAAAUGGCCGAAUCGCAUACUGAGCCCUCGUUAACUAAUGCUACCGAAAAAGACGGAGUCCCGGUUAUUGCUGAAAGUAAUACCCAGGAAGAUGUACCGACUUCGAAGGAUUUCCAAUCUGAAGAGGCUGAUAUGGAAAAGGAUGAAUUGGAAGUUUUAUUUGAUGCUACAGAAGCUAGUGAUACAGAAGUUUUAUUUGAUGCAACAGAAGAAGAAGGUGCAGAACAAAUUGACACGAAAGAGGAAGAAGCUCAGCAAAAUGAACCUGAUCAAUCGGUGGAAGCUACAGAAACUAGUUCGGCUCAAGUUGAAGAUAAGACUAAAAAGGUCGAAAUUGGAGUGCAAGAUGCAAGUGAGGAUAUUCCCGAAUCCGUUAUUAAAAGUGAAGAUUCUGAAUCGAAGGAAGAGCAACUUCCUUCGGAUGAAAGCAGAGAAUCGGAAGCCGUGAAACCAGUUGAAGUGCCAGAAGUUACUUUAAAAGAUGUCGAAGAUUCCAAAACCAUUAUAGAAAGUUCCCCAGAAGUCGAGAGUAAACAAGAAAUUGUUUCAGCGGACCGGAAUGUUUCGUCCAUAGGAAAUCCUGGCAAGGAGAACUUGGAUGGAGUUUCUAAAGGAGAUCAAGACGAAUCUGGCUUGCAAAAUAAUGUUAACGGUAGCAGAGAUACUGUUGACGACUCCGUUACAAACAUGGAAGAUACGGAUGUAGUGAAGCAGAACGAUGCUGCAGCAGAAGUAAUCGACAUAUCCGAAGACGUGCAGUCUGUUGCAGAGACUGAAGUAAAAAGGGAAAUUGAAUCGAGUAAUGCACCUGACGUUGAGGCGGAAAUACUGAACGGAUCUAAUGACAAUACCGACAAUCUAGUGGAUCAAUCAAAACAAAAGCAGUCCAAACCAAAGAAUCAAGGGAAGAAGAAAAAGAACCAAAAGAAAAAGAAGAAGUAG